AUGGAAGACGAAAUUGAGAAAGAAAAUAAAGAAUGUAGUAACUUAAAUGAUGAAGAGAUGGAUGAAAAGAUGGGCGAAGAGAUGGAAAGAAAAAAUGAUGAAAAGGAAAAUUUAUUGAUAGAAAAAAAUACUCUUUGGAGUGAUUUGCAUAUUUCAAAACCACUUUUAAAAGUUUUAUAUGAAUUAAAAUUUGAGAAUCCAACAUAUAUACAAAAAGAUGUUAUUCCAUUAGCAUUGGAAGGGAAAAGUAUUUUAGCUAACUCUGAAACUGGGUCAGGUAAAACAUUAGCAUUUGUACUUCCAAUGUUAGAAAGAUUAUUAUAUAGCCCAAAUAUAAAAUUAAGACGAGAAAAUAGGAAAAGUAUAUGUAUAACAAAAGCAUUAGUACUUUUACCAACUAGAGAACUAGCUAUGCAAUGUUAUGAGGUCAUAAAUAAUUUAAUAAAAUAUUCACCAAUAACUUGUUCUUUAUUUUGUGGUGGUAUAGAUUCAAAGGAACAAGAAAAUGAAUAUAAAAAAAAAAAAGAUAUAUUUGUAUGUACGCCUGGUAGGAUUUUAGAUUUAUUAUUAAAUUCUUCUAAUGAUUUUAUAAAUUUUUUAGAAAUAGUAAUUUUUGAUGAAGCAGACAAAUUAUUAGAAUUAGGUUUUAAAGAAGAGUGCUUAAAAAUAUUAGAUGUUUGUAAAUUUAAAAAACAGAUAUUAUUUUUUUCAGCAACAUUAACAAAAGAUAUAAAAGAGUUAGCUAAUUUUUCAUUACGUAACCCUAUAUUUAUUCAAUCUGAAAAUAAAAAUAAAGAUAAUAAAAGUAAAGAAAAUAUAAAUACACAAAUAAAUAAAAAUUUUAAAAGUUUUAAAAUAUCUGAAAAUUUGCAUCAAGAAUUUUUAAAUAUUAUUAAUGAAAAAUAUAGAAAAGCAACUCUUUUACAUUUAUGUAAUGAGGUGUAUAAAAAAAAUUGUAUAAUAUUUUUUAAGACUAGAAAAGAAACACAUUUAAUGUAUAUAUUAUUAAAACUACUUAAUUUUAAAUGUGAAGAAUUACAUGGUUUAUUAACACAAAAAAAGAGAGUUGAAUCAAUAUUAAAAUUUAAAAAUCAACAAGUUGAUUUUUUAUUAUGUACUGAGUUAGCAUCUCGAGGGAUAGAUAUAGAUCAUAUAAAAUAUGUUAUUAAUUAUAGUUUACCAGCUAAUGUAGUAAAAUAUGUACAUAGAAUAGGUAGAACAGCAAGAAUAGGAAAAGAAGGAACUUCUUGUACUUUUUUCUUACCUAAAGAAAAGGAAAAUGUGAAAAAAAUAAUAAAAGGUGUAAAAAAAAAUAAUAGUUCCAAAAUAUAUAAAAGAGUUAUAUCAGAAGAAAAAAUAUUACAUUGGGAUAGUAUAGUAAAAAAAAAUAAAAAAAAAAUGAAAGAAAUUUUGGAAAAUGAAAAUGUUGAAAAAGAAAUAGAAAAAUCGAAUAUCUCGAUUAAUAAAAUUAAAAACUUAAUUACAUUUAAAGAUGAAAUAUAUAAUAGACCAAAAAAAACAUGGUUUAUAUCAAGUAAAGAAAAAUCAAAAUUGAGGAAAAUGAAUUUCAAAAAUGAGAUAUUGAAACCAGAAGGAAAUUUAGAUAAAGAUGGAGAUAAAACAAAAGAAAGAAUUAAAUCAAAUAAAGAUGAUGAUGAUGAUAAUCGUGGAAAAAAACAUAGUAAUGAUAAUAUUAAAAAGAGGAAUAAAAAUAAAAGAAAAUUAGAUGAUCAAGAGGAUGACGAAGAAGAAGAAGAUAUGAAAAAAAAACUAAAAAGUUAUCGUUCAAUUAUAAGAGAUUUAAAAUUAAAUAUUUUACCAAAUAAAAAAGAUAAGAAUAAUAAGUCAAAAUGGAAUAAAAAAAAUGAGGAUGAAAAUGAUCAUAAAGGUGAUUUUAAAAUUCAUAAAAAUUUUAAUAAAAAUAAGAGGAAUAUGAAUAAAGGACGAAAAUAA